CCUAGGCGCCCGUCCUCUCCAUGGCCGCACUCGGAGGAUGUUGAGGACGCAGUGGAAAACACAACGGAACCUUCCCGGAACGGUCUCUCCGCGGCCCGGGCAGCGGCCGGGAUGCUUUGGCGGCGCACCGAGGCGGAAGAGGGCGGGCGUCAACGUGUUGGGGACGGCAGGGCCUGGCUGCGGACGCGCGUCGCUCUCCUCGCCCCGCAUCUCCCCCGGUCUCCCUUCUGCCUCCGCGGAGAUGGAUGACGAACCCGAGCGGACCAAGCGCUGGGAAGGAGGCUACGAAAGGACAUGGGAAAUUCUUAAGGAAGACGAAUCCGGGUCGUUGAAGGCAACCAUCGAGGACAUUCUCUUCAAGGCAAAGAGGAAAAGACUCUAUGAACAUCAUGGACAAGUUCGGCUUGGAAUGAUGCGUCACCUUUAUGUGGUUGUUGAUGGAUCAAGAACGAUGGAGGACCAAGACUUAAAACCGAACAGGCUUACUUGCACUCUGAAGUUACUGGAAUAUUUUGUUGAAGAGUACUUUGACCAAAAUCCUAUUAGUCAGAUUGGCUUAAUUGUAACCAAGAGUAAAAGAGCAGAAAAAAUGACAGAACUCUCAGGAAACUCAAAAAAGCAUGUAACUGCUCUGAAGAAAGCAGUGGAUAUGAACUGCAGUGGAGAGCCUUCUCUAUAUAAUUCCCUAAAUUUGGCCAUGCAGACUUUAAAGCACAUGCCAGGACAUACGAGCAGAGAGGUUUUGGUAGUCCUCAGCAGUCUGACCACAUGUGAUCCAGCCAACAUCUAUGAUCUAAUUAAGUGUUUAAAAGCAGUAAAGAUCAGAGUAUCUGUCAUCGGCCUAAGUGCUGAAGUUCGAGUUUGUACAGUACUUGCCCGAGAAACUGGUGGAACAUACCACGUUAUUUUGGAUGAAAGUCAUUAUAAGGAACUGCUGAUGCACCAUGUCAGUCCUCCACCUGCCAGUUCAACUUCUGAGUGCUCGCUUAUUCGAAUGGGUUUUCCUCAGCAUACUAUUGCUUCUCUAUCUGACCAAGAUGCAAAGCCUUCCUUUAGCAUGGCGCAAUUGGAAAAUAACAGUGACCCAGGUCUUACACUGGGUGGAUAUUUUUGUCCUCAGUGCAGAGCCAAAUACUGUGAGCUUCCUGUGGAAUGCAAAAUCUGUGGUCUUACAUUAGUGUCUGCACCUCACCUGGCUCGGUCUUAUCAUCACUUGUUUCCUUUAGAUGCCUUUCAGGAAGUUCCACUGGAAGAAUACAAAGGGGAACGGUAUUGUCAAGGCUGCCAGGGAGAAAUGAAAGACCAAAAUGUGUACAUAUGCAAAGUGUGUCAGAACGCAUUUUGUGUGGAAUGCGAUCUGUUUGUUCAUGAUUCGCUGCACUGCUGUCCUGGCUGUAUACACGAGCACCCUGCUCCUGUAUCUGUAUGAUGUCAUAUCUUUUAAAAAAUGCUGUAUCUUUGUCAUUCUUGCAUGAAUCUAAUUAGUUUAUUCAGCCACCGCUUUAAAUGACUCAUCUCUGAACAAGUUGAUUACAGAGGGAUGAACAGCGGAGUAGGAGCAAAUACUAACUUUUUAUUAUUUCAUUACUUUAAAUAUAUACUUGAACUAUCUGUAUCUAUUUUUUAUUCUUGUCUAAAGAACUAUGGCUUUUACCAGCUGUUAUUAUAAUAACAUGUAUAUUUGUAAAUGCGAAAGUGAUAAAACUGCUUUUUAUGAUAAUGUGAUAAUUCAUCUUUAUUUCAUUGCUUGUUCAAAAAGAAGCCCUGAAAAUACAUUUUACACAUCUGUUGUUACAAACUUUUGGUUUUGGCAGAUGAUGGAUUUCUGUAGUUCUGUCUUGGUUUGAAAAGACAGAUAUCUGCUGAGGAAAGUAGGAACCUCUCUUGAAAUGGAAAAUGUAAACCCCCUCCCUCUGAAUUAUUAUAAUUUUGAAAUUAAUGGCCUCUCAGGCAAAGAUAUGGGAGUAGGAAUAACAGUUCUUUAUUAGGAAAAAUAAAAAUUAAAAAGGAGACAUAUUCUGACAGAGUUAGAAUAUGACCUGACACCCUGUGGGUCAGGGUGUUGGUAGCAAUCUGAUUGAAUGAUGGCUGCAGUCCUCCUGGGGUAACAAGGUUGAUUCUGUUGAAGCAGUGACCCUGUAGAAGGGUGUCGUUUUCCUCUGACGGUGUGGUAGGGCCUGGUAUACCUCUGGGAAUGCAGUGGGAAAAGGCUGCCUGUGGUGUUCCAUAUCUCAGAUUAUAUCCAGGAAGGAAUGCUUGGCUCCUCCCCCUGGAUGGAGCAUCUCACAAUGGGAUGAUGUGAUUUUGUCAGUCGUGCAGUGAGACUCAAAGGCCCUUUAACAGAAGGUAUCUCCUGGAGGGAGGACUGGUUGUGGAAGAGAUACAGAGAACUGCCCAAUUCACAGAUGAUAACUGUCCAACUCCUAACACAUGGCAAUAGAAUACACACCCCCAGCCACAUCUUGCAUUUGCAAUAAGACAAGAUCAAAAUACUCUUUUGCAAGAAUUUAACAAAGAUGUUUUUGAGCAAUUAAUUGGUGGACAUUUCGUGUAUUAAUUUCAAGUAUUAUGAGUAUUCACCUUGGCAUUCGAUAAGGCAGCUCAAAUACAGCUGUUAUAAAUGUGCUGAAAACACAUUUUAGGUUGUAAUGGUGCAACUCAAAGCUAACUGAAUUCUAUUACUCCUGUGUCUGGGUUAAGUUUCAUUUUUUUUGUAGGAGGAUAAGGUUGCUGAAAGGCGGAGAACUUGCAAAAGGGCAAUACUUGAGUUAAUACAAACUACUGUUUGGUGGACUCAGUAUUGAAGACAAAAAGACACACUGUUUGGUUUUGAAGCUACACUGAAUUGACAGAACUGCACGUCAUCUUCUCUCCUUGGCUAAACCCCUAGAGCAACAGACAGUAAGGUGGGUGCAGGAGGGGAAGUGUCCAUCCUUACCUGAACUUUGAAGAGUAGAAAUUGAGACAAAUGCAAGACUGCCAUUUUGCAGUGUCUGUUCAAAGUGUGUUUGCUGCUUGAACCUGUGAGAAUUGUAAUGUGCUACACCUCAGUAAAAGGAAGUUAUAGGUGCAGUGUCUGAAGCAAUACAUCACAGUGGGUUUUCUUGAGUUAUCUUGUGAUGAUUGUAAAUACAUCAGUGACUGAGUUGCUCUGGGUGUAUAUGACUUAAUUUUUGAGCUUUGUUUUUUUGUCAGAUUAGAAAUGGCAAUAUAACAGCUGAAAUUUAACACAGAAACAAGCAACAAACCCAAACAUCUUCUCUUACAUUGAUUCACUUUUUCAUGCUCACCUCAUGUAAGUUAUACAUGCUACUUUUCACUUACUUCAGGCAGUUUUCAUUCAAUUGUUAGUAAGCUGUUUCUAUGCUUUUUCUACUGAUAGUGUCUGUUUGCUGGAUAGAGUGCAGUCAUUCUCUUGUGUUGUCAGAAAAAUGACUGUUGAGCAUCUGCAUCUCAUUUUGUGCUGAGUCAAACAAUGUCUAUAAACCCUUUGUGCUGUCAGGUUGUUAAAGUCCUAUUACUAAAAACUAGCAGAAGAAGGAUAUAGAGUGUUCUGGCCUAGCAGGUCACUCCAAGCUCUGAGCAUCUGGCUCUUAUAUAUUCUGAUGCUGGUGACAGCCUCUUGAGACAGCGUUUUCUGGUAAUAUUUUCAUCUUUGCAGUCAGUAUAUUCUAAUGGAAAUAAAAGGGAUUUUUCAGAACACUUCAAAUUCUCCUCUUGCUAGAUACCAAAAUAACAUACUCCUACCCAGUUUCUAUUUCUGAAAGUAAAAACUGUGUUGAAGUUGCAGCCAUAUACUCCAUUAUCAGCUUGUGGUCAAAGUGAUAAUUUGGUUUGUUCUUUCCUACCCUUCUCAUUGGUAGGACAGUUCAAACCAGCUCCUGAAAAUUCUCUACUAAAGCAGUAUUUCUCUGGUGUAUAAAGACUUUAAUCUGUGUCCUGUGUAUUUAAAACAGUGUGGAGGAAAUCUUCCGUCCACCUGUUCUUUUUGACUGGGAUUCACUGGCUCUCAAGUCUCCCUUGCUUGUGGGAAGUUCCAAACUUCUUAAUUCUUGUUUAUUUAUUUACUGUAUCUGCCUUAAAAGCAAUCAAUGAGGUUAUUAGGAGACCUGUGAGAAAUUCUUGUAGGUCUUGAAGAUGUUGUGUAGAAGGUUUCAGACUUAAAAUUGCUGAAGGAAGACACCCUGUGGUGUGGUUGAGGAUGCAGCUGUGGCAAGAAUUUUCGAGACUAGAGAGUGCUGCCAUGUGGAAAGGAGAGGAUUUCAAAAAGGCAAGAGCCCUCACUUUCCUUCCAGUUUACAUUUUCUUUGUAGGAAUAGAAGUUUCCCUCUGCAACAACACUCAUAGCUAAUUUCCAAGAAUGGAAAUGCAGAAAUGCAUUCAUCAAAAUAGGAGUAAAAGAGGACUCCACACUGGAGCCUGAAGGAGGCUAUGACCCUGGAAGGUCCACACUGAAGCAGGUUCUGUGGCCCAUGUAGAGAAGAGUCCACCCUGGAGCAGGUUUGCUGGCAGAACUUGAGACCCUGUUGGGGACUCAUGCUGGAGCAGCCUGAUCCUGAAGGACUACUUGCACCCCGUGGAGUAGACUGGACCCACACCAGAGCAGUUCUUUAGGAACUGCAGUCCUUGAGAAGCAGAGUCCCACAAUAUGGAAUCCCACAUUGGAGAAGUUCAUGGAAGAAUGUCUCCCAUGGGAAGGACCAUCCUAGAGUAGAGGAGAAGUGUUGUGGUCUUCAGGGCAGCCAGGUCUUGGUGAAGAGACAGAGAAAUCUUGACUCCAUUUUUCAGAAGGCUGGUUUAGU